UUCUGUAUUCAUAACGAAAAACAUACCGAGAUAUGAAAUUAAAUUGUACAAUUGAAAUAAUUAAUCGAAAUGUUUCUGAUAAAAACAAGACUAAAAAAACAAAAUCAGUUCUGGCAAUUUCAAAAUAUCCAAACACCGAUGUAUUAUGUUUAUAUCUAUUUAAUCCAAUGAAUAAACAUGGAAAAAAAUACGACAUUCGACAAAAUAUAACACAAAUAUUUACAAAAUUUGUGAAUGAAGGCAAGUCAACGAUUCGAUUUAUCAAACCACCGGACGAUAUAUUAAUUCAAGCGGAACCGUUAGAAUUAAAACAUUUUCUAUCAACAAUUAAAUUGAGUUUAACCAAUGGCACAGCUCCAAUUAAGGAAAUUGUUUCGAAUAUGGGAGUAACAGUGAAGAAAAAAGAAAUAGCACCUACAACAAAAUUAGUGAUAACGAAGCGCUCGGAUUAUCCAAUACAUGGGUUUCCACGAACGGUAACAUGUUUACGUAUUAAUGAUCUAAAACGUAUGUCAUUCGAUAAAGGAAUUUUAAAUUUACAACGUUUACAUACUUUAGACUUAAGCAAUAAUUUAAUAAGUACACUUCCUGAAGCAUUUAACCAGUUACCAAAUUUAACAGUUUUAAAUUUAUCAAACAAUCAAUUUGGAUCAUGUCGAGAUUGGAGGUGGAUUGGGAAAAAAGUUGGUAAAACUUUAAUGGAAUUAGAUUUAUCAUCAAAUCAUUUACGAUUUUGUCCAAUUAACAUAAAUUUUUUUGAGAAAUUAGUUAACUUAAAUAUAUCUUCAAAUAAAAUUUCAGUUUUACCGAAUUCCAUAUGCUCAAUGCGUUCAUUAAGAAUAUUAAAUUUAUCACAUAAUUUGUUAAAAUAUUUACCAAUCGGAUUAUAUUUUAUAUAUUUUGAUUCACUCGAUGUUUCUGAUAAUUGCUAUGUGCAAAAUGAGGAAUUAUCACCCGAUUCGCAAACUUUAACUCUUUUAGAUUUAUCCGCAAGUUGUGUACUUUAUAAUCGUUUAAAAUACCCAGAAGAAAUGAUACCAUAUACGUUACAGCAAUAUUUAUUAAAAGCUAUGUAUUGUUACUGUGGCAAAGUAGUUUUUUCAAAAAGGUAUCGACGAAUUAUAAGUUUCUAUAAAAGAUAUAUUCGUGCUAAAUCAAUUGUAAAUGAUUCGCGGUUACCGACUAUUGAAGGUGUAUUUUGUAGUCAGAAAUGUUACUUAACUCAAUAA